CUUAUCAACAACAACAACCUUUACCUCAGACUGCAUCCUGCUAGUCAAGACAAUGUUACCGAAUCGUAGAUUUUCCUUCGUUUUCCUGCUGUGGACGGCGACCAACGCGUUGCGACCGACAAGUUGUCGGUCUCCCCGGCAGAUACGCAGCGUGCCGUCCGCAGCGACGGCGUCUGGAAGGUUUGCAGGGAAAUGGCCCCGUCAGACACCUACGGCUCGCUUUACCGCGACCACCGCCAAUCUCGACGCCGCGAAAAACGAUGAUGGAAACAGUGACGGAGGAAGCAGUGUCGCAGCGGCUACAUUCAGUCUCAUCAAGGCGAUUGUAGGAUCCGGGUGUUUGGCUCUCCCUGCAGGAGUUGCAGCCGUUUCGAAUUAUCCCUCCGCCCUGAUUCCAGCGAAUGUGCUGAUGGUGGUUUUGGGAACAAUGAGUGCGUACACUUUCACUCUCUACGGACGCUUGACUCACGCCACUCAAGCCAACAGUCUCGGCGACUUGUGGAAAAAGAUCUACAAAUCCGAGUCUUCGACCAUUGUUUCACUAGCAAACUUUGUCUACUGCUUUGGUUGUUGUUUGACCUUCAAUCUCAUCAUUGGUGACAUGUUUUCGAGCUUGGCAACGGCCGGUGGCUUGUCCGGACUCUGGGCGAGUCGACAAGCAGCUAUUUUGGCCGUGACUGCCACAACCUUGGUCCCACUCUGCAAUCUACAGAGUCUCGCAUCGCUCGCCCCCGUUUCCAUCAUUGGAGUUCUGGGUACUGUAGUCUCUACUUUAUUCUUGGCUUGGCGGUGUCCCGAGAUCGUACCUUCCAGUCCGUACGCCAAGGUCGGCAAGGGUAUGCUCGCGUCCAUCCCCUCAGCCAUGCAGCCCCAGUUCAAAACCUACAGUCGACUACAAACGCCGGCGCCGCUCAUUUUAAUUGCCAUGGCGUGUGUCUCCUUCAUGGCGCACUUUUCUGCUCCAGAUUUUUAUAGAUCGCUCGCGGGUAAAAACGUUGACCAGCGCAAGACCGAGAAGACAAUGGCAAAGUUCAACACGAUGACCGUGGCCGGCUACGUUGUGGUCGGAAUUAUUAACGCGCUCACACUCACCUUUGGUUUCUUAACAUUUGGCGGCAACUCGGCGGGCGUGGUUCUCAACAAUUACGCCAACGCUGAUAUUGGGGCUUCGGUCAGUAGACUGCUGGUGGCCAUUUCCGUAAUUGGCGGAUUUCCCUUUCUGUUCAGCGCGUGCCGAUCCGCAGCACUAGACCUGUUUGCGAAAAAGGGACAAACGGUGACGCGUGCAACAGAAACACGCUACACAUCCGUUUUGCUAGCCAUUUUGACGGCCAUUGCGUUGGUGAUUAAAGACGCGGGAUUUGUCGUGUCGUUCAAUGGCGCGUUGAUGGGAACUGCACUUAUUUACAUCUUUCCAACGCUACUAUUCCUGAAACAAAGCGCGGGAUCUACGACCAAGUCGACACGUUUGUCAUUGGAACGCGCAUUUUGUAAAUUCCUGGUAGGCUUCGGUGUGGUAUCGAGUUUGAUUGGCGGGGCCACAUCGGUCAUGAACUCCUAUUUCCCGCAUCUACUGCGCUAGACGAUCUGUUAUCAAAAUCAUUUUGUGAUGUCGCAUCCAGUGCUAAAUAUUUGUAUCGAAGCAUUGAUUUUGGUGACCGCGGGCAAUGACUCUGCUCGUUUUGAUGUAGAGUGCGUCCUAGCUAGACCGUAUGAAGAUAUGAUAAGCAAGAUGUAUAUGCC